CCUACAGACAGGACAGCAGCCUCGAUAGAGCCGUCGCUGAGAGAGGUCAGUACGGAGGAGGAGGAGGAGGAGGAUGAAGAUUACAGGCGUAAACAGACUGCCGUGCUCGCGCAGUUGGAAGGAUACCUCCACACCUAACAGAUCAUCAUGUCAGAUAAAUUGAAGAACGCCAAGAUCAUCUUUGUUGUGGGUGGGCCCGGUUCAGGAAAGGGCACCCAGUGUGAGAAGGUGGUGGCCAAGUAUGGCUACACCCACCUGUCCUCAGGCGACCUGCUCCGCGCAGAGGUCGCCUCCGGGUCCGAAAGAGGCAAGAACCUGUCGGCCAUCAUGCAGAGGGGAGAGCUGGUCCCUCUGGACACAGUAUUGGACAUGAUUAAGGAAGCCAUGAUUGCCAAGGCUGACGUGUCCAAGGGUUACCUGAUCGAUGGCUACCCCCGAGAGGUCAAACAGGGUGAGGAGUUUGAGAAGAAGAUUGGGCCUCCCUCCCUGCUCCUCUACAUCGACGCCAAGUCGGAGACCAUGGUGAAGAGGCUGAUGAAGAGGGGAGAGACCAGCGGCCGUGCGGAUGACAACGAGGAGACCAUCAAGAAGCGCCUGGACCUGUACUACAAAGCCACCGAGCCCGUCAUCGCCUUCUACGAGGGCCGCGGCAUCGUCCGGAAGAUCAACUCCGAGGGCAGUGUGGACGACGUGUUCAGCAACGUAGCCAAAGCCGUCGACAGCUUGAAGUAAAGCCGCAGGAAGAACUCUUGUUUUAUUUAAAUUUCCCACCUCAACGAUACAAACUGCUGAUCGAUGGCCUGGGGGCCUCGUAGAGACAUGUCUGCCUUAACCCAAGUGUCGCCUCCACAUCUGAGCGACCGCAUUCUUCCGUCCCCCGACUCACCGCACCACCACCGCCACCGAGGACCGCCACCUGCGCACCAGCCAUCCGUCCGCCAUCGCCUGUUCCCCCUGUUCUGUCUCCUCUUUCAGAAAAGCUCUCUCGCUCCAUCCCUUUUCUGAUUCUGCCAUUAAAUGCCACCUUCACCGCUCUGACCUAA